CUCUGGAUCAUGGAUAAGCAUUCAGUGAUGUUGAGGAGUGAGGAUACCCUAAUAGCAAUGGGGGUCCCAGGCAGAUGUCCCAGGUUUUGCAAUGGUGAUGAGAGUUCUGCUGUUGCUAUGUUUGUGUUGAAUGUGGAGAUACAGAAGCAUCCCAAGUCAUUGAUGAGAUCAUAGCAUUCUACAGGGUCUAGGUGCUCAUUAGGAUUCUAACAGGUCCUCAGAGUAGAGUGUACUCUGAGGGUUACUGUUUAGAUCCACCCUUCUCUGGAAGGUUUGAGUAGCUUCAACUGAAGUAAGAUCAUUUCUUGUUCAUUACAUAGAGACUCAGAUCCUCUUGGGUACUGAGACAAGGGGAACUGGGGACUCAAGGGACAUCCUUUCCCAGGAUUAUGUUCAUUCCCUCACUAUGAAGCGUCAACGUGAAGAGGAGUGGCCUGAUCUUGAGCCUAAUAGCCAAGGCUCACAGAAUUCAAACGGGGUCCUGAGAGCAGAAGAUCUGGUCCAGCCUGGGCCCAGCGGGGAAAGCAGGGCUGAGAGGCAAGAGGAAAGAGAAGCUUCUUCUGGAUCACUUUAUUCUCCACUUUCCUCUUCCUCCUCUUCUUACCAUUCCUGUGUCUCCUCACUCUCUGACAGUGAAGAUUAUCCAUUCAGUUUCAGCUACUUCCAUGUAGAAACAAUCACAGCUGAGAACAUUGCAUGGGAUCCUGAUACCAAAUUGGAAUCAAUUCCAAAGAGGUCUAGGAUAUACAGCACGGAAGCAUGGCAGGGGAGUACACUAGAUUCUUCUCCACAGAAUGUAUCCUCCUUGGGCUUACUCAUUGGCAAAGAGGCAACUUUGGAAAAAAACAACCAGGAAUUAAUGGAGGAAAAGGCAGGAACCUCAAGGGACACUGAAAAAAGACCAGAACUUCCUGACUGGACUAACCCUUCAGAAGAUGCCUACUGCUGUCUGACUUGCUUUAGGAUUUUCUCUACCCAUGGAGCUCUGGAAGCACAUAGACAUCAUGAGGUCAGAGAAGGUUUUGGCUGCAGUAUAUUUCAUCACCCAAUACAAGACAGGAGAAUUACCCUGCAAAAUGGAGGCCAGAAUGAAGAUCUUAGGAGACUGUACCAGGAAUUUCAACCAGAGCAUCAGGAAGAUCAUGCUUAAAGUCAGACUGCAUCAUCAAAGAGAAAAAAUAUGGUGAAGAAUACUCCUGAAGAAUCAGAACAAUGGAAGUCUCCCUGUGUUCCUUCCAAGUAAAAUAAAUGAGGGCAUUUGGAGCACCCCAUUUUGUGAGGUGAUGGCUUGUCCAUCAGAGCAUUUCCUUUUAAAUUCCCUGCCAAGAACUAGAUGACACAUAACACCAUGACUCAAAAUCCUCCAUCUCUAACAUCUGCUGCUCUCAACCAAGAUGAAAAGCUCUAUAAACCAGAAGAACACAGAAUGUCAGUCCAUAGAAAAACUAAAUAAGAGAGGAAGCCUUCUUAAGAACUGAUAACACUUCCAGCAUCAUGAAGAGAAUCUCCUGCCCCACGAGAAGUGAUUGUUUUUCUAUUAUAUUAAUAAAUUAUUAAA